AUGGGGAGUUCUCUUCCCUCUCUCCUGCGAAGGCUCGGCCAGCUUCUGAUCGCCAUGGUACUCUCGAUCUUCCUGGCCUGUCUCAACAAUCAACAACGACAACGACACCGCAAAUCCAACAAGAUUGGUGAUCAGUCGGAUCAGAAUGCAGAGGAGAUGCCAAAAGGGGCUUUCGACUCCCGAUCCGCCACCGUUUGCAGACGAAGCACGGUGUUUCAUGCCUAUGGGCGGCUGUCCAUAGAUGAUAAAAAUAUGAUUCAAAGAAUCAAGCAUCGUACAGUUAAAUGA